UUUUCAUCCAUCACAACCUGAGACAUGAUCUCUAUACAACUAGUGUUGCUCCUGCUAGGAGUGGUGAGCAUCACCACUCCUCCAGUGUUGGCUAAUUAUCGACGCACACUUCAUGAGCCUACACCAAUUGAGACACCACCCCCAAUCUACCCACCACCAGUGUUCCACCACCCUCCAUAUGUAAAGCCACCACCGGUGUAUCAGCAACCGCCUCAUGAGAAACCACCACCAGUGUACAAACCACCGUAUGAAAACCCGCCGCCAGAGUACGAGCCUCCCCCUCAUGAAAAAACACCACCAGUAUACCAGCCUCCACCACCUGAGGAGCUACCGCCAGUGUACCAACCUCCACCACAUGAAAAACCACCUUAUGAGAAACCGCCUCAUGAAAAGCCACCAUAUGAGAAGCCACCACCACAUGAGAAACCACCACAUGAGGAGCCACCACCACUCUACCAGCCUCCACCACAUGAGAAACCACCACAUGUGGAGCCACCACCCCUAUACCAUCCUCCACCGCAUGAGAAGCCACCUCAUGAGAAGCCACCACACGAGGAGCCACCACCAUUGUACCAGCCUCCACCCCAUGAGAAACCACCACAUGAGGAGCCACCUCCAGUGUACCAUCCUCCACCGCAUGGGGAACCACCUUAUGAGAAACCACCUCAUGAGAAGCCACCAGAGCCACCACUGUACAAGCCUCCACCACAUGAGAAACCACCACAUGAAGAGCCACCACUAGUGUACCAUCCUCCACCGCAUGAGAAACCCCCUUAUGAGAAACCACCUCAUGAGAAGCCACCACAAGAGAAACCACCACCAUUGUACCAACCUCCACCACAUGAGAAACCACCCCAUGAGGAGCCACCGCCAGUGUACCACCCUCCACCUCAUGAGAAACCACCACAUGAAGAGCCACCACCAUUGUACGAGCCUCCACCACAUGAGGAGCCACCACCACUGUACCACCCUCCACCGCAUGAGAAACCACCUUAUGAGAAACCACCUCAUGAGAAGCCACCUCAUGAAAAACCACCAUAUGAGGAGCCACCACCAGUGUACCAGCCACCACCGCAUGAGAAACUACCCCAUGAGGAGCCACCACCAGUGUACCGUCAACCACCACAUGAGGAACCGACACCAGUGUACCAUCCUCCACCGUAUGAAAAACCACCACAUGAGAAGCCACCUUAUGAGAAACCACCACUUGAGAAGCCACCACAUGAGGAGCCACCACAUGAAAAGCCGCCACAUGAGGUGCCACCACCAGUUUACCAACCUCCACCGCAUGAGAAACCACCCCAUGAGAAGCCACCCUAUGAGAAACCACCUCAUGAGAAGCCACCUUAUGUGAAGCCGCCGCCAAUCUACCAACCUCCUCCACAUAAGAGCCCACCAAUUAAGAAGCCUCCAACUCAUGAGCCACCAUAUGGGCAACCACCACAUGUGAAGCCACCACCAGUCCACCAACCUCCACCGUAUGAGAACCCCCCACCAGUGCAUCCGCCUCCUACACAUCAGAAGCCAUCACCAGGAUACCAACCGCCUCAUGUGAAACCACCACAUAUUGCGCCACCACAUGAAAAAACACCACCCAAAUACCAACCACCUCAUGAGAAGCCACCCUUUGAGAAGCCACCACUUGAGAAACCACCCCAUGAAAAGCCACCACCAGAGUACCAACCUCCUCAUAAGAAGCCACCAUCACAGUACCAACCACCACCAGAGUACGAACCUCCUCAGGAAAAACCACCACCUGUGUACCUACCCCCAUAUUGGAAACCACCACCUGCGUAUCCACCUCCAUAUGAGAAACCACCACCAGAGUAUGAACCGCCUCAAGAAAAACCACCACCAGUGUAUUCGCCUCCAUAUGAAAGGCCACCCACAGGGCAUCCGACUCCUUACCCACCAUUUUAUCACCUACCACCUGUGUAUCACCCCCCUUACGAGAAGCCGCCACCACUAUACCAACCUCCUCAUGAGAAACCACCCAUUUACGAACCUCCCCAUGAGAAACCACCCAUUUAUGAACCUCCUCACGAGAAACCACCACUUUAUGAACCACCUCCAGGAUACAACCCUCCACCAUAUGGUCACUAUCCACCGUCUAAAAAUUAAUGACAACUACUAGUGAAGAACGUGGCAAUGUGGCAUGCAUGUUUUGGUUAACCAAAAGCAAGAGCAGUUCGUUUGUCACAUAAAUUUUCACUUUGUUUUUAAUUUGAUUCAUGUUUAGGAAGCACUUUUAAGAUGGGGAGUACAAUACUCCACUUCUGCAAUGGUUUGUAAAAAUAAGGGCUCUCAAUGCCUCUGUGUGUAAUAAUACCUUUCAUUUCCGUUUCAGCAAUGAUAUUGUAAUAAUGUGAAUUACUUUGGUUUA